AUGUCCAGACAAACGCGAUCAUCAGCGAGGAUCAAAUCCCAAUCCCAGCUCGCAAGCUCCACAGCCGGCGCGUCCACGCCCGCGUCAGAACCGGACCCGACGGAAUCCACAUCCACACUCCCCACCACCGCCGCCGUCACGGCUCCCGUCGCCGCCAAAUCCAAGUCCAAACCCAAACCCAAGCCCAUCACCACCCCUUCUCUCCCCUCCGACGCCAACCACCCACCACGCCACCCAAUCCGCCGGCCUCUGGGUCAAGAUCGCCAAAAGGCCACCGGCGUCCCCACCGUCACCUACCCCGAGCUCGUCGACCUCGGCCUCUGCUACGGCUGGAUCGACGGCCAGCGCCGCACCCACGACGACGCCUACUUCGUCCAGCGCUUCACCCCGCGCCGCAAGCGCAGCAUGUGGUCCCAGCGCAACGUCGACCGCGUCGCCGCCCUCACCGCCGCCGGCCGCAUGCGCGCUCCCGGCCAGGCCGAGAUCGACGCCGCCAAGGCCGACGGCCGCUGGGACAAGGCGUACCUCGCCUCCAGCGUCAUCGAGGUGCCUGCCGACUUCCAGGUCGCCCUGAACGCCGAUAAGGAGGCGGCCAAGUUCUUCGCUACCCUCAACAAGACGAAGCGGUACCCGUUCCUCCACAGGAUCACGACGGCGAUGAAGCCCGAGACGAGGAAGAAGAGGAUCGAGCAGUUUGUGGAGUUGCUGGCGGACCAUAAAACUCUGUAA